AUGACCCGCAAGGAGAAAAAGGCCUUCGGUGAACUACUGGGCGAGCUCCAGAAAUCAGAAACAUAUCCCGCGUUUGCAGCAUCUCAGGGACUGAAGAAGAAAGGCGAUAGUGGUAGUGGUGGUGGUGGUAAGGACGAGAUAUCCCGACUCUCUGAGAUCUUCGAGUCAGUUCUCGCGCAAGUGCGGGGGAAGGAUAAGCGCGGUGGUGAACGGCGACAACUACGGCAUCGCACGACGCAUACUGAAGAAGAGUGCGAUGAGGAGGAUGAGAUGUGGGCUGAGAUGACGGUUGGUGAGGGUGGGGAAACGGUGGUUGAUAUCUCCGAGAUACUGGGUGAAGAGGGGAAACAGGUUCCCAUACAGCGGGCGAUCAGGAUUAUAGUGAAGAGGGAGGCGGAGAAGAUUGAGAAUGUGCUGAAGGAAGCUGUUAAUGAUGACAAGGGGGAUAUUGGGAUCUGGGAUGUUUGCAAGGCGCGCAUUUUCUCGAUGCUGGAGCAUAUUGGGCCGAAUACUGUUUCUGGGCAGAGGAAGCGUCAAUACGAGCAGGAGCAGGGACAGCCGACUUUGGAGAUUCCGGCGUCUGUUCCUGUUAAACCGGUUGUUGUUUCGCUGUACCCUAAGAUGCUUCUCGUUGCUUUCCGUUUGCUCAACCAGCACUACCCCAAGUCGCAGCUCAUUGGGCAAUUCCGCUCAACGAUCAAGUCUCAUGGCCGCGCGUCUGCAGUCCUGGGUACUUCGACAGGAUUGUACAACGAGUUGAUCAGCUUCUACUGGCAGGGCAUGAACGAUCUGGGCGGGGUGAUUUCGCUAUUGCAGGAGAUGGAAGUGAUUGGUGUGGAUGCAAAUGAACGGACGUGCUAUAUCCUAAAGGAGAUUCUACGCCAACGGGACCGGGAUCUUAAAGAUCAUUGGUAUCGUCGUCGCCAGGUAGAAGAGGGAGAAAAGGUCCGGGUUCGAGAGCCGUGGUGGGAUAUGGCGCCGAAUCGGCGGGCUGUGAGGGACUUGCUUGGACCGGAGGGAUGGGUGAGUCGGUUGGAAGCGCGUGUACAGAAGAGGCGCUCUGUAUAA